GGAAUGGGUUAAUUUCUGAAAUGUUUAUUUUAACCUUUAUCGAUUUAUAUAGGUUAUGCGGUAAUUCAAAUAAUACGUGUCCAAAUUUUAUUUGUUGAUGUGUUCGCUGGACGUAUUUAUCAAGCAAUUCACGGACAACCGCAAAACUGUUUUUGUUAUUAGUGGUUACAUUUUACAGUGACAGGGUAGAUUUUGGAUAAUAUAAACAUUUCUUGGUUUAUCAUUGCAUUGUACACUUCAAUUGUCGCUCCAAUGGCAUCGAAAAAAGUUGCUGUGGUGACUGGAGGGAACAAAGGUAUCGGCUUUGGUAUCGUUAAAGGCUUGUGCGAAAGAUUCGACGGUGAAGUUUAUUUGACGUCUAGGGACGUGACGCGUGGUAGAGAUGCUGUUGAUAAGUUGAAAAAGUUGGGACUAAAGGCCCUGUAUCAUCAGCUGGACAUUACCGAUCAGAACAGCAUCGACAGUUUUAAAGAGUACAUUAAGAGCAAACAUGGUGGGCUGGAUCUGCUUGUGAACAAUGCCGCCAUCGCAUUUAAGCAAACUGCUAAAGAGCCCUUCAGUAUACAAGCGAAGGAAACAAUAUUUGUCAAUUAUUUUUCCACCUUAAAACUGUGUGAGGCAUUAUUUCCUUUGCUUCGUAACAACGCUCGCGUGGUGAACCUAUCUAGUAGCUUGGGUCACUUAUCGCAGAUCCCUUCCGUUGAUCUUCGAUCAAAAUUUAACUCCAAGGACUUAGACAUUCCCACGUUGAGUAAACUGAUGGAAAAAUUCGUAAAGGAUGCCGAAGCAAACAGACACAAGGAAGAAGGUUGGGGAAACUCCGCCUAUUCAGUUUCCAAAGUGGGGGUUAGUGCCUUAAGUAUAAUACAACAAAGAAUGUUUGAUCAGGAAGCCCCGAAUCGGAAUAUUGUUGUUAAUCACGUUCACCCUGGCUAUGUGGAUACCGAUAUGACUUCCCAUAUGGGACCAUUGACCAUCGACGAGGGAGCUAGGUCUGCUCUGUUUGCCGCACUCGAUGCCGAUUUCAAGGGGAAGUACGUUUGGUAUGAUUGCACUGUGGUCGAAUGGGACGCUCCUAACGCUCCUUCACAGUAGUGUUUAUUUCUCGUCGUUCACCAAUUUACCCAAAAGGAUUUUAUGCACGUUGCACAUUAAAGCAAACAAUUACAUCCAGCGUUUUAUUUAGUACAAUCCUCUUACUCCUGCAGUGCAAA